GAAACAUGAAACUGUGGACCAACAAAAAUCUGCUUUUUGAGAACAAGUGCCGGAAGUGACGCAUUCAGACGCGAUGUCACAGGAAGUUCACAACAUAUACAACAAAGAUGGCGUCCGCAGUCGACCAAGCGGCGAACGUCGCACACGUGGAGAAAAAGAAAACGCUUGCGGCUCGUUACUGGAAGGACGACCCGCAGGACGAGGCGAGGAAGGAUGGGAACAAAUUGGGCAAGACCGGAGUGCAGCAGACCCAGAAAGCCAAGAAAAGAAGACUUGAUGAAAAUUCUGAAGAUGAAGAACAAUUCCUAUCAGGGAAAACCGACCCUUUCCCGGGGCCUGCUCCUAUUCCAGAAGACCGUUUGCGGAAGUUCAAGAGGAAAGAUAAAACUAAGAAAUCUCGCGGCCAGCAUUACAAGCUGAAGGACAUGAUCACACGCUCGGAAGAAACCUCAGAAAUGGCCCAGAAACAAGCAGCUCGUCUUGACCUCGUGCUCCCCGAGGAUGCUGGGUUCCUAGAAGGCGAUGAAGACGAGGACACGUGUACCAUAUCUCAGGAGGACAUUGCAGACUCUGUUGAUAUAACGUCAGCAACAAAGCAUUUCAGCCUGAAGCUGUCUCAGUUUGGACCGUACCGAGUGGAUUACAGCAAUACGGGCCGUCAGCUCCUGCUCGGUGGGAGGAGAGGCCACGUUGCUUGUAUCGACUGGCAGACCAAACAUCUCAUGUGUGAGAUAAACGUGAUGGAGUCAGUCAACGACGUGAAGUGGCUCCACAGCGAGGCCAUGUAUGCGGUGGCUCAGAAGAAGUGGCUCUAUAUCUACGACUCAAAUGGAAUCGAGCUUCACUGCAUCCGCAAAUUCAACGACGUUCUCCGGAUGCAGUUUCUGCCUUAUCACUUCCUGCUCGCCACAGCGAGCGCCACCAGCUUCCUGCAGUACCUGGACGUGUCCGUGGGGAAGGAGGUGUCGGCCACCUGCACCAAGACGGGCCGGCUCGACGUCAUGUGCCAGAACCCUCACAACGCCAUCGUCCACCUCGGCCACUCCAACGGCACCGUGACCCUCUGGUCGCCCAAUCAGAAAGAAGCCCUCGCCAAGAUGCUCUGUCACCAGGGCGCCGUACGCUCCGUCGCCGUGGACAAGACGGGCACGUACAUGGUGACCUCUGGUAUGGAUAAAAAGCUGAAGGUAUACGACAUUAGAGCCUACAAGCCCCUCAAGUCCUACUUCCUCCCCGCCGGAGCCUCCUGCCUGUCUCUGAGCCAGAGGGGACUGCUGUCUGCAGCCACGGGGGACGUUGUUCAGGUGUACAGAGAUGUGUGGAGCACCCCAGUGACCAAACCCUACAUCGCUCACAGAGUUCAGAAAGCUGUGUGGGGGAUGCACUUUUGUCCCUUUGAGGACGUCCUCGGUGUGGGACAUGGAGACGGCUUCACCAGCCUGCUCGUACCAGGGGCGGGAGAGCCGAACUUUGACGGUCUGGGUGCCAAUCCGUACCGCAGCGCCAAGCAGAGGCAGGAGUGGGAGGUCAAGGCGCUGCUGGAAAAGAUCCAGCCAGAGCUCAUCAGCCUGGACCCCACCGAGCUGGGGAGGGUGGACCACGCCACCUUUGAGAUGAAGCACAAAGACCGGGUCCAAGCCCUGGGCUUUGACCCACUUGCCAAAGAGAAAUUUGUUCCCAGGUACAAGAAAAAAGGUCGAAGUUCUGCCGGGAGUCAUGAAAAGCGCAAGAGAAAAGUUGCCCAUGAGGAUCUGAGGGAGGACAUCCAAAAAACCGCAGAGGACAAAGUGAAGAUUGAAAGAGAGAGAAAGCAGAAAGAGAAGAAGGAGGCGGUGCUGUUGGGCCAGAGAUCUGCUCUGGACAGAUUCAAAAAAUAGGGGAAAAAAGGAGGACCCUUUGUGCCAGAACACAUGACAUCCUGUGGGCGUGAACUUUGUAUAAAGGAGCCAUUUUGCUGCUGAGUGAGCAAAACAAGAAACUCUGAUCCCUGUAUGACAAAGAGUCGUUCUGAUGGGUGUCAGAUUUUGCCUAAUCAAUGUUUGGUGCUUUUUAAAGAGCAGUUGGGUUUGGGGCAUGCAGAACUUCCUGUCUGCGUUCUGACUCCCACGGACCUCAUCCGGAGCCACCAUUGUGUCAGGUUUUAUCUCUUUCCUAAUGAAAUAUGUCUGACCUUGUCGAAUGGAAUGCGUGAGCAAAGGCCAAAUGUUUUCUAUAAAUAUGUUCAAAGAAUAAACAAAACGAGGAAAAUAAAUCCAGAGUUAAGUUUUAA